AGUUAGUACGUUGAAUGAUAAUAUAACAAGUGAAACAUCAACACCAAGAGAGAGGAAAAAAGUUUGAUUGUUGUGGAUCAUAUUAAUCAGUAAUGGAAACAACAACAGCAAUUUAAUCAUUAAAAUCAAAUACCUUUCUUUUAUAUUAUCAUCAUUUUCACCAUCAUCAACAUCAUCAACAUCAUCAACAUCGUCAUAAUUGUUAUCUUCACAAUCAUUAUCACCUUAAUAAUCAAAACAAUUAUAAAUAAUUGGAAUAGUUUUUCUUUUCUUUUUUCAAUUCAAUCUUAUUUAACUGGAUUAAUUACUUUUAAGUAACGACUUUUGAUUCAAAUUUUUCUCGCGAUCCGCUAAGUUAAAUACAUCUAUUAUCAGAUAAGUAAUCUAAAUCUUUAAUCCAGUUUAGGUUAUUAAUCCUCAUUGGAUUAUGAUUUUCAUGUUUUAGUCAAUAAAUACCAAUCAACCUUCAAAUAAUCAACAUAAUUUGUGUUAAUCAACAUCAUUAUCAUCAACAUCAAAAUACUUGCAACAUCAUUUAGUUGCUUCAUUGUUGCGUUAAUGUUAACAAUUAUGUUAACUGUUAAUCAAUUAAGUAUUUAAUUAAUGUAUUCUGUUAUUAAUUACUUAUCUUGUUAACUUUUUGUUAUACUUUUGUUUAUACAAUCGUUGAAAUUGUUUAACUAAUUAAAUCAGUGUUAAUUGUUAAGUUAAUCCGGAUAGGCCAUGGAAAGUGCCAGUAUUACAAUUGUUUACAAUGUUAUCAUAAUUUUUUUAAUUUCCUCCUCAUGGAAUCAAUUAGUUCAAUCAAAUCAAGCUCAAUCAAUUGUGACAUCAACAAUUAGAAUAGAUGCAUUUUUCCAAUCUCAUUCCCUGUUAUUAAUACUUUUGAUAGUAAAUAAUUAUCCACCGUUGAUCAAUUGUUUGACCACAAGUCGCCACACCGUAGCCGCAAUACCGGGUGAUCUUGUUUUGGGUGCAUUGUUUCCCGUUCAUCAUGCGCCCGGGGCUAAACAGGCUCAGUUCAGAUUAUGUGGUGACAUUCGUGAACAAUAUGGAAUCCAAAGGAUAGAAGCAGCAUUUCAAACGAUUGAUAAAAUUAAUGCUGACAAAGAGAUUCUACCAAAUAUUACACUUGGAAUUGAGAUUCGUGAUUCUUGCUGGUACUCGCCGAUAGCACUUGAACAAUCAAUUGAAUUUAUACGAGAUGCAAUGGCUGCUUCUGAUGAAAGAAGUGAUACAGAUAAAAGUGAUCCAUCAUCUUCUUCAUCAUCUUCAUCACCAACAUCUUUCCUUCCAGAAUCCGUUCCCAUAUCGCAUUCGCCUUUAUUUCCCAUGCUCAAUGCGCCCUUUCAUUUGGGUUCUCGUUUCAAUGCAUCUUACAUGUGUCCUAAGCAAGUGAAAAAGGUCAAGAAUCUAGUCGGUGUUAUCGGACCAGCAUCAAGUUCAGUUACAAUUCAGGUACAAAACCUUUUACAGUUAUUUGCAAUACCCCAGAUCGGUUAUUCUGCUACAAGUAAAGAUUUAAGUCUGAAAAGUCAUUACAUGUAUUUCCUGAGGGUGGUUCCAUCUGAUGAACUUCAGGCCAAAGUGAUGGUUGACCUAAUUACUCAAAAUAACUGGACAUAUAUAUCAGCUGUUUACACUGAUGGUAACUAUGGAAGCUCAUUGAUGGAGAUUUUCAAAAAUUUAGCCCAAGAUGUCGGCGUUUGCUUGGCCAACACCGAAGUGGUGACCAACAAUGCUGAAGAUGAAAAAUUUGACGAAAUUGUAACUUCGAUUCUUCAAAUAAAAUCGGUCAAAGUUGUCGCUUGUUUCUGUGAGGGUAUGACUGUCAGAGGUAUUCUGAAGGCCAUUAGAAGGCUCAAUGCUACAGGAAAGUUCUUGAUGAUUGGAAGUGAUGGUUGGGCUGAUAGAUAUGAUAUCGUUGAAGGUUACGAGGUUGAAGCUUCUGGUGGAAUCUCAGUCAGAAUUCAUUCACCUUAUGUCACUGAAUUUGACCCUUACUAUUUCAAUCUUCACCCUGAUAAUAAUACUCGAAAUCCCUGGUUCAAAGAGUUCUGGGAAUUUAAAUUCAACUGUUCAUUGACAUCUAAACACAUUAAAGAUGUAACAUCAACUUCUCCCUCAUCCUCAUCUUCAUCAUCUCAACAACCAGCUCUUCAACUGCCCUUUGAACCCAACCCUUCAUACAAUAGACAAUGUUCAGGCAAUGAAACUUUACGUGAUCGUUAUAAGCAAGAUGCUAAAUUGGCCUUUGUGAUAAAAUCGAUCUGGACAAUGGCCUAUGGUCUACACAAUAUGCAAAAAAAGUUAUGUCCACACUCGACCAACUCAUGUCCAGCGAUGCUUCCCGUUAAUGGGUCAAUUUUCCUUCAUCAUUUACUUAAUGUUUCGUUUUUUUGGCACAACGAGACAGUUUCAUUCAAUGAAAUGGGUGAUCCUCCAGGUCGCUACGAUCUAAUGAACUUUCAACGUCUAUCCGAUGGUACUUAUGAUUAUAAUCAUGUUGGCUCAUGGGACUCACAUUCAAAUCAAUUACUUAUCAUGAAACCUUUCCAAUGGCCUUCAAAGACUCUAUCAGCUGAUGAAUCAACACCUAAAUCAGUUUGCAGUAAACCUUGUGAAAAAGGAUAUGCAAAGAAUAUCCAAAGCGAUAGUGUCAAAUGCUGUUGGGUGUGUGUUCCCUGCCAGAAAAAUCAAUUCUUACGAGAUGAAUAUAACUGUGAGAACUGUCCACUCGGAUGGUGGCCGAAUGAAAAUCAAACAGGAUGUUUCCAAAUUGAAAUUGAAUAUAUUCAGUGGACUGAAACACCUUCUCUGGUCGCUAUUGCGAUCGCUUUAUUUGGCAUAAUGUUGACCUUUUUCACCAUGGUUGUGUUCAUUAAGCAUAACAACACACCCGUUGUUAAGGCUUCAACCCGUGAGCUUUCAUACAUGAUAUUAUUGGGGAUGUACCUUUGUUAUAUGACCACUUUUGCUCUCGUUGCUAUGCCAACUCAGGAAACUUGUUUCGUGACCAGGGUACUUCCGGGUUUCAGUUUUGCUGUGAUCUAUGCUUCCCUGGUGACCAAAACAAACAGGAUCGCAAGGAUUUUAGCGGGCUCAAAGAAACGCAUCAUCACAAAGAAGCCAAGGUUCAUGUCGUCUUCAGCUCAAGUUGUUAUCUCUAUUAUUUUGAUACUCAUUGAGGCGGCGAUCAUUGGUUUUAUGCUGUUUAGUGAGCCAGCCGAUUCUAAACUUGACUAUCCAAUGUUGGACAAGGUCAUUCUCGUCUGUAAUACAACCUCAAUCGGGAUAAUUGCACCUCUUGGAUUUGAUUUUUUUCUAAUUGCAAUGUGUACCGUCUAUGCAAUAAAGACUCGAAAUGUUCCAGAAAAUUUUAACGAGGCGAAAUUCAUUGGGUUCACCAUGUACACCACUUUGGUUAUUUGGAUCGCCUUUGUCCCGAUUUACUUUGGCUCUGAUCUCAAAGUUCUAACGAUGUGUCUCUGUAUUUCUUUUAGUGCUCUUGUUGCACUGGUACUACUUUUCUUCCCCAAACUUUACAUUAUUCUUUUCAAACCAGAGAAAAAUAAUCGAUCUUUUUUCACCACCGCCAAAAAUGUGCGUUGUCACAUUGGCUACGUACCAACACUUGGAAUCUCAAGACAUUCAUCACAUUCGACAUCAGAAUUCUCUGUUGAUUCACCGAGGAAUCAUUCAUUGGAAGUGAAACAUCAUUACAAUCAACAUUUGAAAAAAGAUUCAGCAUCAACAGAACCAUCAAAAAGUCAUCAUCAACCAUCAACACUGAUGACAGAUAAAUCAACCUCAUCUCUUUUAGCAGUUAAACCGGAAAACAGGAGAUCAAGUUUCAAUAUUUUUGAACGUUUCCGGAUAAGUAAACAAGACAAGAUCCAAGCCAAUGUUCAGCAAAAAAUUCGAGCAGUUCGAGCAGCUGAGGCACUUGAUAGACAAACAAAUAGACGAGUACCAGGUCGUCCACCACCUCGACAAAGCUCAUCGAGCGGCAUGGAAAUAGCCGAAGAAUCUGAAAACUCAAGCUCGGGGAAGAUGCGGCUCGUACAAUUGUUAAAACAAGCUUAUGGUGAUGAUGUUAAUAAGAUUCCGGGGUUCGCUGAAUUUGUCGAAUCAGCAAAACGGGAAAGUCGACGAGUUAUGGUCGAAAGUGCUGCUCAAACUUCAUAUGAUUUACUUGAGACCUGGUUUCCGAAUUUAAGGCAUCGCUUACCUCGUAAUGAAAUUCAUGAAAGCAGCGGUUGUAAUAGAUCAAUUAAUGGUGAUGGUGGACCAAUGGUCAGUGAUGAAUGUGGUGAGAAUGAUUUUCACCGGUAUGUUAAGCAGCAAAAUGGCAGUAAUAGCUCACUAAUACAUCGAUUUGACCAACAACAACAAACUCUUUGGUCAACAGAAAGAGAUCUCAAUGGAACCAAUAGCAAUAGUAAUAAUAGUUUAAGUGGCCUUGGAAUCACAUCAAGAGUCCCAGGUCCACAUCCACAAGAUUCACAAUGGUCAGCAAACUAUACUGUCCUGUCCAAUGUGAUACAACAAGACAACAGUCGGCAACAUUUGACCACUUUAAGAUUAGAUCGUAAAGGCUCCAAUAUCUCUAGUCCUAAUUUGCGAAAACGUCCGAGCUCAAUGUCAACUUCAAGUGCCAAAGUACGUGCCAGUGAGGAAAGUUUACUCAGUGGGGCCAAUUCAUGUGUUAUCGAGGAAUCAGUAAGCUCAGGAGGUGAAUCAUCUCCUUCUUCCGGUGUCGUAUAUAAAAAUAUCAUCAUUAACCUUGGUGACACUUCCCAAAGCUCACAGAGGGAGAAUGACCCAAGUAGUUUUAAAGUAACACGGAAACAACAAACUCUUUCAUAAAUGAUAUCAAAAAUUAUAUGAAACAUUAUGUUAAUAUUAUAUCAUCGAAACGAACAAAAACCAAACUAUUAACUUCACUUGUGAUUUAUUCAUUUUUCUAUCCCAAAAUUUUCAUGGACAAAUUUUCACCAAUUAAACAACAUAAUAGUAUAAAACAAAAAGAAAAUCAA